ACACUUCGUUGUCAGCCGCCGUAGCGUACUGUACUUACCGUUCGUCGUCGUCGUCGUCGUCGUCGUCGUCGUACGGUCGUACGACAGUGUGCCCGUCCUGACCUGCACCAGAGUGUUCGGGUUCACUUUCACACGCGUCGCAGCUGCAAAAGCUACAACAAGCUGCCCGAGCCGCUCGAGAGCUUGGUUUUUGGCGGUGAAAUGAUGUCCCACUCCGUGACGUAUUGUCGUUGGUCAAGGACGUAGUUUCUCGUGGUCGUGGUUCGGUGCGCUCGCUGCAGCCAACCAGCAGUGAGUGGUGAUUGUGUGUUGUGUUUACGUGUACAAAAGAAUAAAAAGCGGCAACUAGUUAAAACAUCCCCCGGCUGGGAGAAACAAAAAAAAACAAAGCAAUAUUGUUGAAAGUUAGUGUUAGACGGUGUAAACAACGCAAUGAAGCAGGAGGUAGCGGUCGGCAUCGUCGGUGGGUUCGUGGAUGAUGAUCGGGAUGUUUACAUGAUCGAGCGAAAAGACACGAUCGUUGACAUUAUCCGGAUGCAGCAGAAGGCCGAUCUGUGGCAGACGCUUUCGGUCGAUCUGGUCGACUGUGGGCCGGGCAGCCGCGAAGGUGACAAUUACAUGUCGAUCAUCAAACGAGUGGUGGCCCACUGCAAAGCGAAAUCAUCCGACGGGCGCAAUCAUGUAUUUACGAUUUCGUUGAUUUUCAAACGUCAAAUCACAAACCCUAACCGACGGAUGCUGUUCCGGUGCGAUGCCGCAUUCGAGAACGAAAUCACCGCCUACGCAAGCAUCAUUCCCGUCCUGCAGCGGAUAUCGCCGUACGAUCUACCGUACCCGAAGUGUGUGACGGCGGGCAGCGACGAUCAUGGUGACCGGAUCGUGCUGGAGGAUCUUACCACCAGCGGGUACGCGAUGGAAGACCGACGGAUCGGUCUUAGCUUCGAACACUGUAUGGCCGUCAUGAAGGAACUGGCCAAACUGCACGCAGUCUCGCUGGCAUUGAAACACACGCAACCGCGCGAGUUUGCCGACGUCUGUGCGAAAGUGCGCGAGAUCGUGUACUGUCCGGAGGCGGCCGAUUUUUACACACAUUCCCUCGAGUCGUCGCUGCGCGGUGCGCUGGACAGUUUGCGGUACAGCAACAGUAGCGAGGGCGAUCUGGACGAGCCGAUCCGGGCGGUGGAAGGUUUGACCGGCCGGCUCUAUCGCAUCAUGUCCGGGCUCGUGUGCAACGGCGUGGACGACGCGUGGCGUGUCAUCAGCCACGGUGACACCUGGGUCAACAAUCUGAUGUUCAGUGCCGAUCGGCAGCACGUCAAGCUGAUCGAUCUACAAACGAUGCGCUGCACCACACCGGUGCUCGACAUACUGCAUCUGCUGUACACGAGUACGGAGCGCGCGAUGCGCGAACAGCACGUUACCGACCUGCUGCUCCAGUACCGCCGGACACUGUUGGAAGCGCUGAAGGAACACUUUUGCUCGUACGACGAUCCAGCUGCGGCAGCGUCCACGAUGCGCCAUUUCGCAGAAAUGUUUUCGUACCAGCGGCUGCGGGCCCAGUACGAUCGCUGCCUGCCGUACGGGUUGGGCAUUGCGAUGUGGUUGCUGCCGGCCGUUACCUUCAACCCGGACCAAAUACCCGACCUGGAUGCGGUUACGAUCAAUGAUUUCAAAACGAAGAAACACGACAAACGGAUCGCACAGAUGGUCUCGGUCAACUACCACACGCGAAUGCGCGACAUUGCCCUGGAAAUGUACGACCAGGGCGUGCUGCAGCGGCUCAACACGGAGAUCAUCUAAGGUGCAGAACCGUCGUAUUAUCUUAAAGGGGGCGUGAGUGUGUCGGUGAGAGUUCAACCGUUGCGCGUGUGCCAGAAAGCUGCGAAUUCAAGGGCUUAGUUGAGAGAUCCGCACGGGCCUCAACGGGUUAGUCAGUCCGCAACGUUCAUUGUACAGUGUGUUUGUGUUAUGCUUUAGUCAGCUUAGAAAGAACAACAAAAACCGUAGCGAUAGUUUGUACUUGUAUAGUGCGCAUUUGAGGCGUGUGUGUGGUCGACAGCCGGAUUACGAAAGUGCAAAACAGAAAAAAAACAUAUUUAACUGCGAUAGGGAUCGUUUGAAAAGCUGAGACUUGCUUAUUGUGCGAUUGCGCAAUCGGAAAACAACCGGUCGUAAGGUGCGCGCGAUUAGCGUACCCGAGAGACGCGAGGGUUAGGAGACGGUCUCCGUGAAAUUUGCCUACGUUGCGAUUGCUAAGACGGCGAACUGCAAACGCCGCUCGUGUGCCACGUGUGCCCUUCUUCAGCCUUAAACGAUCGAUGGAAGAAGCAGGCUGCUAAGAUGUUACCAAUUAAACCUGUUGAUGCGAUAAGCCGCUAGUGUAAGAUGACCUGUUUUUGUUGGAUUCAAUAAACAGCUGUUACU